GGGGGGAAGGGGCUGGUCACGGGCUGGGCGCUCACUUGUCCGCCUCCGGCCGUUUCUCUCACUCAUGACGCCGCCUCGGCCGGACCCAGGCGUCCCGGCGCCUCAGGGGCACUGGACGAAAGACCAGCCACAGCCCGGGUGCCCCACGCAAUCCUCCCCGCACACGCGUGGACCUCCGGUCUCCCAUUGUCCGACGGGACGGAAGCCGCCGGCGCAUGCGCCAUGACAGGAGAGGGGGAAGGGGUGCGUCCCGCGUGGGGCACCCCCUCCGCCCCCGCCCUUUGUCCCACGGGGCCCCCGGGCUCGUUGCGGAGUCGGGGACUCAGGGAUGCAGCGGGGCCCUGGGCUGAGCCUGAGGUCCUGUCGUUCUCCCCUCCUCUUUACACACCGCCCCCUCCCUCGCCCACGGUCCCGCGUUCACCCACCCGCGCGGCAAGGACUCCAGCCCGGGGAGCAGCGGCGGCGGCGCCCAUGCCCAGCUCCGGGGAGCGUCUGCAAAGUGCCACCGGCGCGGGGGGCGGAGGCAAGCUCCCCCCACCCAGCCCACGCCACGCCGCCCUCCCCCCCGCGCGCGAGCAGAGCGUGAGCACGCCCCCGCACCGGGCGGAGCCAGCCAGGCGUGCCCAGAGGCUAAAGCCCUGCUUGGGACCUGGGAGGGAGGGCCGGAGCUGGGCCCGAGUGGGGCGCCACGAGGGACGCGGGGAGAAGAGGGACUUGCGCCACGGAACCAGUUGUGCACUUGCGUGACGGGCCCUAGCGGUCUCCGCUCCAAAGCUCGUCUCCCCCUCCCCCCUCUAGCAGCCGGAGCCGAAGCUCCGGGGCAGGCAGGGACCGUCGUCAAAUUCAUGAAGCUGUGACCUCAGGAAAGGGCUGGGCAGAAGAACGAGGAGAGCACUGGGCGGGGGUACGCCAGGGGCCGCGGGCAUAUUCUGACACUGCGAAAUGAAAAGAUUUCUCCCCACCUCCCCUUUUUCUCCAAAUGGGGUCUGGAGUUCUGGCGGAUGCUGCUUAACCUCGGAUUUUCAUGUAGUCCAUCUCAUUUUACAGAGUAGGAAACUGAGGCCGGGGGUGGGCACUUUAGCCAAGGUUAACCGGGUUAACACACUCGCCUCACAGGCGAGAUUCGAACCCAUCUCUCCGGAGGCAGCGCCUUUCACUGCCUCGCCCUGUCUCCAGACCUACGGACGGGUGGGAGGGUGUGAGAGCCAGGAGGGGUCCCCAGGCAGCAGCUCCCUAGCCCGCUCCCCCCUACACCCCCACCCCCGCCCUCCCGCAGAUCGGCCGCGCGCUCACACGCAGGCUCCCGAAGCCGUCACUCCUCCUGGGGGACCAGCCCCCCUCCCUGGGAGGAGCCCGUCCAUCUGUGUCCCCCCCCACCCCGUUCUUUCCCAGUGCUCCGCACCGAGAGCACUGAAUAAAUGCGUGUUCCUUCCUUCUUUUAUU